AUUGUAUAGAAUUAACAAAAUGGGGUGUGAGGUGGGGUUCAUCUGGGUACAGCACAUGUGGGCAUACAGGGAAAUGUGGCAGAACUCAUGGGAUAAGGAAAGCAAAGGCAGGAUAUUUUAUAAUAUACAAAACAACAUAGGGAAAAGCAAUAAUUGCUUUGGUUGCGGCCCUGACUGGGAAGCACCCGGACGGAAGAAAUACUCAUCUCAAAGGAGGAAACUGUUCAGAGAACUGGGAGCAGCUGGAGAGGCUGUUUUUAACAUGAACACACUGCUGAAUAUGGAAGACUGGAACAAGAUGAAGAAGCUGCUGCAGUAUCUACACUACAAUGGAAUAACAACAGAAUAUGAUUAAACACUAGAAGAAAUCGCAUGGAAACAGCAGAGGGCAGCAAUACGCCUUAGAUGCGUCUAGUCUGCCGAAACCAAAGAAGAAGAAGAGGCGGAUGAGAGAGGCAGGCGAUAGAGCAGUGAGCGUGUUUGAGAGAGUUUUUUUGGAAGAUUUGGAGUUGUUUCAGGGUUUAGGGUUUAUUCGUGAGGAGCAGAGGAUGUUGCGGACACUGAAUGUAAGACAAGCCGUGGACUUGUUCUUCGAACCGGAGGAGCAGGAGGACGAAAUGUGCGUUUCACCGUCGGAGUCGGAGAGUGACUGUGACGAUGAAGCUGAGGAUCCGUCCUUUGUGGCGGACGACAAGAGAGAUGAUGAGCAGCCUGGGACAUCUACAGCCCCAGCAACAGGCAGAGGCAGGGGGCGUCCGCGUGGCAGGGAGAAUAGAUGCCGGUCUAGAUCUCCAUGUGACCGGUCAUCCCAGCCACACCACAGCCCUGAGGCCUGGAGAACAGAGAGUGACCCUGAUACUGCUCCAGGAGUCAGCAGGUUCAUGCCCCACAGACCACCAGGAGUCCAGGUGGACAUGCACUCGGUAUACACACCGAAAGAUCUGUUUCAGCUUUUCUUCUCCACUGCCACCGUGAGGACACUCUGCAGGAACACCAACAAAUAUGCAGCAAUACAGCAGGAAAUGGGGAAGAAGUACAGCUGGGCUGACGUCGAGGUUGAGGAGCUCUAUAAAUUCUUUGGCCUUCUCAUGUACAUGGCAUUGGUGUCACUGCCAUGUCUCCAGGACUACUGGAGACAAAAGCACAUCCUGUCUGUGCCGUUUCCAGCCAUGGUCAUGACGAGAGACAGGUUCAGGUCCCUGAUGUGGAACAUCCACCCCAGCGAUCCAGAGGAGGAUGUCAUGAAUGACAUGAAGAAGGAAACACCUGAUCAUGACAAGCUCUUCAGGGCAAAACCCCUCAUGGAUGAGAUCCGCACUGCGUGCCAGGCUCAUUACCACCCAGGGAAGGAAUUGGCUGUCGACGAGCGAAUGGUGGCAACCAAGGCAAAAACUGGCCUGACCCAGUACAUGAAGGACAAGCCAACAAAAUGGGGGAUCAAGCUCUUUGUGUUGGCUGAGUCAAGCAAUGGCUACACUGUCAACUUCAGUGUGUACGGUGGGAAGUCCAGCUCGGCCAGUGUGCAUGGACUGUCGUAUGACGCUGUGAUGGACCUCAUUCAGCCGUCAUAUCUUGGGACUGGAUACCAUAUUUAUAUGGACAACUUCUACACCAGUCCCAAGCUGUUCCUCGACCUGGCCAGCAUGAAGUAUGGUGCGUGCGGUACCUACAGGGACAACAGGAAAGGGUGUCCCCGUGGAAGAGCAAAUGCCCUCACCCCAAAGUCUGAGAGAGGUGCUGUGAGGUGGAUCAGUGAGGGCCCCCUGCUGUUUGUGAAGUGGAUGGACACGCGGGAGGUGUCUGUGUGCUCCACAAUCCAUCCAGCAUUUUCUGGUGAGGUGGUCCAGAGGAGAGCAAAGGAUGAAGAUGGACGCUGGGCAGUGAAGGAGAUUCCCUGCCCCACCCCUGUCAUGGCCUACAACAAGUGCAUGGGUGGGGUUGAUCUUUCCGACCAGCUGAUCCAGUAUUACUCCACCCACUGCAAAACUGCUCGCUGGUACUUGACGCUCUUUUUGCACUUUGUGGACAUUGCAGCAACAAAUGCAUACAUCAUGCAUUGUGAGAUGAGCAUUAAACAACAGGUGCAGCCCAUGACUCAUAAGAACUUUCUUACCCAGCUGGUGUCUGAGCUGUGUGGUGUGGACAAGACUGGGACUCCUAUCAACAGGAGCAAUCAUCAUGUUCCUGUUGCCAUCGCCACUGUCACUGAUGCCAGCCAGAAAGCCACUCAAGGCCGCAGGGUAUGCCAACGCUGCCACCAGGUGGACAAAAAGAGGAACCUGACGCCAUGGCGAUGCAAGUCCUGUGAUGUGCCCCUCUGUGUCAUUGUUGACAGGAACUGUUUUGAGGAGUGGCACAUGUUAAAAAAACAUCAACAAAAAGAUGCCUUGCUUUAAGUUGUUAUUGUUGUAUAUAGUUUGAUUUUAUCUCAAUUUGACAUUUAUAUGUUACUUGUGCACUAUUUAGGAACCCCUCACAGUCUGUCAGUGUUAUAUAGCUCUCUGUCUAAUCGUGGCCAAAAUGAAAAAAACAAAAAACAAAAAACAUCUGUCUUCACCUGGUUUUUGUUGGGAAUAGUUGUAUAUAGCUUAAUUUUAUCUCAGUUAUACUUUUGUAUGUACACAUUUACAACUUCUGUUUAACAUUUUCUGCCUUUGAAUUUUUUCAUUGAGCAUGUUUGAAUUUUGUCUAGUAAAGAAAUUGAUUUAUUUUUCAAA